UACACAACCAGAGCGCUUGAAUUUAUACAUGUUUUCAUGACAGUUACUGCAGUAAUAUUAUCAGAUUAACAGUUCAUGAUCGGAUCUUUGUCUCUGAUCGGCCAUUGGACUGAGGAUAUAUUUACAACAUAUAACAAUACAUUAAUAAUGUCGUCUGCAGUGGAGAGGACCGAUGAUCUGCUGCGAGAAUAUCUGAUGUAUCGAGGCUUCACCAGCACACUCAAACAUCUCGACGCAGAAAUCAAAGCCGACAAAGAGAAAGGCUUUCGAGUUGAUAAAAUCAUCGAUCAGCUCCAACAUUUCAUUCAGACCUUUGAUCUGGUGGGAUUGAGGGAUUACUGGAAUUAUUUAGAUCGCAGACUCUUCUCUCGACUCGAGGAUGUUUAUAGACCCACCGUGAGCAAACUCAGGACCAGCCUGUAUCGUUUCUACAUCAUACACACUGUUCAGAUGAAGAACUCGGAGAAGACGCAGGAGUUUUUUCAGAAAUUGUCUCUGGAGCUGCAGGGUCAGGCCGAGUGGCGUGAUUGGUUCGUGUUGCCGUUUAUCCCCGCCCCCGAACAGAACCCCACCUUCUCUCCGUACUUCUCACGACAGUGGGCCGACACCUUCCUGGUCUCUCUGCAUAACUUCCUGAGCGUCCUGUUCCAGUGCAUGCCCCAGCCUGUCCUGUUGAGCUUUGAUGCUGAAGUUCAGAGAAUCACAUGCGUGCAAGAGGAAAACGAACAACUCCGACAGAUGCUGUUUGCCCUGCAAGGAGAAUCACGACUGAAGAAAGAUGAGGAGAUGGUCCAUCAUAAACUUCCCCCCUAUGUUCAGCACAUGGAUCGGCUCGGUGAUACUGAGCUAGAUCUCGUGUACAGCCAGCGAAACGUCAACGUCACCACGCCAUCCAGAAACUUCUUCUCCACCUUCCUCCCUCAGGCCAGACGGGCUCCUGGUAAAACACCUCCAGGACCCCAAUCCUCCCCUACACAGGCCUCAAUGGGCAGAAAAGACCCCAGCGCUCAGCCUUUAAAAGUUAAGGAUCCACCUGCUCCAAAAGACUCAAAGAUGGUCACGGUUUCCAUGGCGACGACAGAGACGGCCACCGGCCAUUCCAGACAGAGAAGACAUCAGGACCGUGAGAAAGAACGAAAGGAGCUGCUCUCCAAACUCCCUGCACAGAGUUUAGAGAAGAAACCCGACGGUUCUGAUCCAGAUUCUCAGACUGAAGCACUUACUGAUCAAACAGACUCCACCAAUCAGCUGCGAGUAUGUGAUGUGGGCGGAGCAGGGGCGGAGCAACCCUUUAUUAAACUGAGUCAGGAGGAGUAUGGAGAACAUCACUCAUCCAUAAUGCACUGCAGGGUUGACUGCUCGGGCAGACGUGUGGCCAGUUUGGAUGUAGACGGAGUGGUGAAAGUUUGGGCCUUCAAUCCCAUCAUGCAAACUAAAGCCACCAUCAUGUCCAAAUCUCCACUGCUGUCUCUGGAAUGGGCUGCUAAACCGGACAGACUGCUGUUGUUAGGCAGCGGCGUCGGCACGGUGAGACUUUAUGACACUGAUGCAAAGAAAAGCCUGUAUGAGAUGUCAGUGGAUGAAGCCUACCCACGGAUUUUGUCAUUGGCCUGCAGUCCCAGUGGAACGUCAUUCGUGUGUUCUGCUGCCGCGCCGUCUCAUUCUGCUCCUGAGAGUGACACGCGAGGAUCUGCUCCUAUAUCAGGACAACUGCUGCUGUGGGACACAAAGACGGUCAAACAGCAGUUGCAGUUUGCGCUGGAGCCGGGUCCCGUCGCCAUCAACUGCACCGCUUUUAACCACAAUGGAAACCUGCUGGUAACCGGAGCGGCAGAUGGGAUGAUACGACUGUUUGAUAUGCAGCGCUAUGAGAGCGCACUGAGCUGGAAGGCUCAUGAUGGAGAAGUUUACAGCGUAGAGUUCAGCUAUGAUGAAAACACCGUCUUCAGUAUCGGAGAGGAUGGAAAGUUUGCACAGUGGAAUAUUCACCGCUGUGGACUCAAACAGUCCGAGUAUUUGCUAUCCCAGGAUGCAGUGGGGCCGUUUGUGCUGUCGGGUUACAGCGGUUAUAAACAGGUUCAGGUUCCACGUGGCCGACUCUUUGCUUUUGAUUCUGAAGGGCAACAUGUCCUCACCUGCUCGAGUGCUGGAGGAAUCAUACACCGGCUGAAUAAAGGAGAUGUUGGUCUUGAAAGCGUUUUGUCUCUCGGUGGUCAUAAAGCACCCGUGGUGACCGUGGACUGGUGUACGGCGAUGGACUGCGGCACGUGUCUCACUGCAUCUAUGGACGGCAAAAUUAAACUCAGCACACUGCUGGCUCAGAAGCCCUGAUCUCAGAUCAGCAUGAUGUGAUUGAUGAAUCACUUUGGACAUUGAAGAUUCAGGUGACCAAAAGAGUUUAAUCAGACAACAAAUCUACAUUUCUAAAGACUUUAACAUCAAGUCCAUAAAGAUCAAGAUUUUGAGUCUUAGAUUGUGAAUAAUUGAAUGUUGAUAUGUAAGUCUGACAGUAUUUAUGGAGAAAUGUUACAUCUGAAAGAACAAAUGCUAAGCUGGAAACAUAUAUUCAUUUUUUUAUCAGAUCACAUACUGUAGAAAAGUAUGCUUGUUUUCUGUCUUUCAGAUAUCACCUUAUGUUUAGACUUUAGGUCUAUUCUACUCUUGAAAUAUAAAAAGCAACCAAGUAUUAAAAUGAUGUUCAUAUAAAGUUCUUUAUUUGUAUCCUAUACUACAUUAAAAUAAACACUUAACUACA